AACAGCGGGCAAAUUCCGUGGUGCGUUUUGUACAUGUAUCGCUCAAAUUACGAACGAUUUAAACGAAUUUUGUUAAAUUUAUAACAGUAAAUGUAUUGGAAAGACGAUUAUUUUUAUUUAUAUUGGUGAAUCGAUCGACCUCGAACGUAUAGUGCGCUGAAAAUUGUGUGUGUUUGUUUGGAAUUGUAAUCCCGUUGCCUGCCGAUAUUAUAAAAAAUGCAGGAAUAAAAGACUAGGAAAUGGCAUUAAAAAUGAAAUCACAUCAUCGAGCCGGAUUCAACCGGUUUGGAUGACAAAGUGAGGUGUGAUGUCUCAGUCAGCGCUGGGUAUGGGUGCAGAGCGGCGCUACUCCGUACCCUCGCACCCCAUGAUGCAUGACCCAAGAGGGAUGCACUCCGAGGACCUCCACGCCUGGUCCAUAUACAGACAAAACCUCAAUUCGGAUUUCACGGACAGUGCCCUGGGCAGUACAGACAAGAGUCCGCUUCCGUAUGGGAACUUCCAACUCCGAGACACCACGGUGCAGUCUAUUCUGUCACACCCUCGAUAUGGGCCAAAGUCAGCGUUGGGGUCAAAUAUGUACACAUACCUCAAGUUUGGACUUCCGCGAGUAUUUCCACCAAACCACAAUGAAUCUCAACGGUCUGGUACUCCCAAACCAAAGACAUCUAUCGGAAGUGGAAUGAAAUCAGUACCCAGAAUCCAGCGUCAAAGUCGAGGCAUCCGAGAGACCUCAUCAGGUUACGACAGCUCUGACAACGAGACCUCGAUGAACUACAAGCACAGUCGAAAGUACCGGUCAGACCCUGACUUCAGAUUGCAGAAUAUGCAACAAACAUACCAGCAUGCAACAGGAGUGCCAUUGGUUGCGAUGCACCAGGCUGGUAUCAGAGAUUCUCACUAUACCAGCUCCCGUAAUAAGUCCGUCAGUGAAGCCAACCUUCUGGGUAUCGACGCAAGAACUAGAUACACUAACAGGAGGAGCAGUGUUGCUGACUUCGUUCCCGACAAUGACCAUCAAAGUUAUAUGAUGCCGUCAUCUCACCUGGGGGGUCGCAUGUCAAAAGCCGGUAGCCACAUGUCUCUGGCGCAGUCCAGGAAGCACUCCACCCUCAGGCCAGGCGACCAUCUGGACGGCUACGCACACUCCGCAUAUAUCUAUCCUAAUUACUAUGUGAACAACAUAGAGAUAACAUCACCGGAGAACAAGUCCACGCUACUGGUAUCUGGACUGAGCUUUGAGGUGAAGUCUGGAGAGAUCCUCGCUGUCUUGGCAACCUCCCACUACGAGGCUACAGGCCUGUUGGAUGUCCUCGCUGGAGUUAGGAAGAAAUUAAGUGGUGAUAUAGUGCUGAACGGUCAGCCGGUUGCUUCCUCGACGCUUCGUAAGGUGGCUGCGUACGUCCGGAAGGACACUUCCUUAUGUCCCUCCAUGACUGUGGAGCACACCCUGCGGUUUCAUGCUGCGCUCAGAAGACCCAGGAAUAAUGUUAACCAGGUCAAAGUGGAUAAUAAGGAUCGGAUAAAUCUUCUCAUUGAAGAGUUGGGCUUGGAGCAAGUGAGAGACACAAACGUAAGCCGCCUCACUCGCUCUGAGGUCCGUCGCCUUAACGUGGCGUGCCAGCUUCUUCUAGACAUGGCCGUCCUUAUCCUUGAUCAGCCUACGAAAGAAAUGGAUAUAUUUGACACAUUUUUCCUCGUGGAGUAUUUGAGGAACUGGGCCAGUACAGGUCGAUUAGUUAUUAUGUCGCUCCAUCCACCCACCUAUGAGAUAUUCGCAAUGCUGACAAAGGUGGUGCUAAUAUCAGCUGGUCGAACCAUGUUUAGCGGGUACCGGAGGGAUAUGUUGCCAUAUUUCGCUUCCAUUGAUUACCCUUGUCCAGCAUUUAAAAACCCUUCCGACUAUUACUUGGACCUUGUGACCCUGGACGAUCUGUCUGCGGCGGCCAUGCUGGAGUCCUCCGGGAGGAUAGAGUCCCUGGCGGGUGUGUUCGCGGGGGCGCAUUCCCCGCCUCACCCUCCCGCUCCCGUGCCGCUGCCCGCGCCGGCACCCAGUGCCAACCCUGUCGCCCAGGUCUUCGCCCUCGUAGAAAAAAGCUUGCUGUACACUCAAAUGACGACACUGUCAAACGUCAUCACGCGAGUGCUGAUCGCCGCCAUAAUGUCUCUCAUCACUGGUACGCUGUUUUGGGACUUGCCGACCACAGACCCCAAGUUGACACAAAAUGACCGCGUGGGGUUCCACUACGCGGUAGCGUGUGUGUCGUGUUGGCCGCUGCUACUGUGGCUGAGCGCGCGAGAGGCGAGCUCCGCGCGCCGCUACGUAGAGAGAGACAUAGCCGUCGGACUGUACUCCAGGACGCUCUACAUACUCUUUGAUCAAUUUCUGGAGUUAUGGUCGGGAGUGGUGACGUGGCUGGCGUACUUGGUACCGAGCUACGCGAUGAGCGGGCUGUAUGCGCAGGCGGCGGCUUCCUAUGACGGCUUCUAUGUUUACUUAGGCUAUAUGGUAUUAUACUUCAUCAGCAUACAGAUGCUAUGCCGCGCGGCAGUAUUCCUAGUUCCGAUGGAGAAGACAGCAUCAGUGAUAUCCGGGUUCUGUCUCCUGCUCAGCACGUUGGUCAACGGGGUCAUGCUGCAGCAACAAGAUCUGCCACCGUACACCUCAUGGCUGGAUUAUGUCUCUCCGUCCAGAUGGGUCAUCCCAGAGAUUCUGCGGCGGGAAAUGAGCGAAACCGCACUGAGAAGUAGUAUUAGUAAAGAUCUUAGGUGUACUAAUAAACAGAGACAACAUCUCGACAUAAUAGUGCAGUCGCCUUGCCCGCCGCCAAACGGAACCCAAGUCCUCUCAAACUACGAGUACUUGAGGUCAGAGCACCUGUGGGACACCGAAGAUAAUUUCCUCAUAGCUUUGGUUAUAUUUUAUGCAGUCUUUGCUCUAGUCGCCAUUAGUGCAUUUGUGUUCGACUGUACGAAAUAUGUGAAAAGCAAGGAGAAAAGAUCUUUGAAAGGUCACAAAGUAACUGUUAAUACACCUUAAUUUAAAUAUGUUAUUAGUCGUGAUUUUAUGCAAUUACUUAAGUUCGCCUUCGCCAAACUUCUAGUUCACUCUGACGUUGCUGUGAAUAGUUGCGCAGUAACUAAAGUAGGGUCACCGACAGGCGAAUCCGCAAUACGUCUGCGCAAACAGGUGCGCGUGGCAACUUCAGAACGAACUAGACGAAUAGCGAUAUCGUGUAAACUGUCUUCAUAACGAAGUUAUUCAGAACUGGACACUGUAAUCUGUCAUCGCACAAUAAUUUUUGCUAUGAUCUAUAUUCAAAAGUGAAAUUAUAACAAAUAGAAGGACGAAGGAAGAUGUCUAAUGAGACAAUGAAUGUACAUGUUAUUACCUACCAUAGAUAAUCUAGAUAGAGCCUCUUGCUUUUAGGCAACGCAUAAGAACAGGCCAGGUUUAUUCUUUAGUGUGCAUGACAAGCUACGUCUUACACUCGCAAUACAUACACAAAAUAUGUGUCAAUCUGUUUUAGUGUGCGUUUGCUGAAAAUAAAGUUUAACAGUCUAUCUAGAUCAUAGUUUCUCAACCUCAUUUUGUUCACCGCCCACUUUGAGAAUAUGUUUUUUUUCUAGAGUAUUUUCGUGUAUUUUUUUGCCUUUUUAGACUAUAUUUUUUAAUCUACCCGCGCCCCAUCUGCGCCAUUUCAAUGCCCUCUAAUUUUCUCUGGGUUUUCUACUGCCCCCCUGAAAGUCUCAAUCGCAAACGUCGAGAACCUAUGAUCUAGAUUCUAGACGGAUAAGUUAUCUAAUGUUAUUACAAUACUCAAAUAUAAACAUUAAUUAUGUAAACCAGAUUUGCACUUACGUUAUUAUAUAGACUUCAUACUUCCUCCAUUGCAGUUUUCGGUGGUAACUUCCUUUAUAUAAUAUGGUGCUUUUGGUACUAUUAUUCACCACCAGAUAUUGUGGUAUUUUAUUUAAUAAUAUUUAAGUUAAUAGUUAAAAUAUACCUAAUCAUUUGUCUGUUGUAAAAAAAUCUUGUAUUUCUUCUAGCUUUACGAUUUUUAUAUUAAGUAAAACUAGUGUGAGAUAUGAUGUACAAACAUAAUAUUAUUAUAUAACCUUUAGUUUAUUUUUAUUAUAGAAGUAUUAUGAAUGAAGGCUGAAUUGUUCUUCCAUCCGUAAAAAUAUAUCUACGUACAAUUACAUAAAUUAUUAUACAAUUACCCCCUUAUUCAUAAUAGUCUGCUAACUUAAAGCAUUGCUAAUUCGCACUCUGUCUUCUUCUAUUGACCUAAGUCGGAAUGAGAAAAAACACUCGCGGCUGUUUAAAGUUAGCUGACCAUUAUGAAUAAGCGGGUUUUUAAAUAGCUGAAGGCAUUAGUCAGAUAUUAAGUUCCAAGUUAGGCAGGGACUAUAAUAUUAUGUUUUCAAUUGCGAAAUUAAUUACUUUUUUAAAAUUAUUCCGUAUAUCUUUUAUCAAUAAGUUUUUUUUUUAUUUCAACUCUGUUGGCAGACUACUACUACUAUAGCUCCAUAAUUCCAUGGAUUAAAAUGCAAUAAUCCAAUUUUUUUUAAAUAACUGGUCCCAGUCCCACAGUUAAACUGUUUGCUACCUUCACUGCCUUUAAAUGCUCAUUUAUAUAAUAAUUAUAAUAUAUUUGUUAAAUCUACUUUUAGAGGAGCCAUAACAUUAAAUUGUAAUUAAGUUACCUCGAUGAAUUAUAAUAAAUAAACAGUGAUUAUAUUUAA